AUUCUGCUGAAAGGAGUCAUUGUUGGUGUAACAUUUUACACCAAAGAAGAAGAAGCAGCAUCAUCGUUCAUCUGCAGAAUAAAAGGCAGAGAAGCAACAGAGGCUGUCGUACCUGACUCAUCACACCAGCUGAUCCUAUUAAAGAACUCAUCAUCAUGAGGGUGCUCGGUGUGUGUCUCACACUCUCUGCUCUUCUGACCCUGAGCCGAGGCGCCCCGUACAACUCCACCACCCCUGCCUCCAGGCACAUGGGCCUCUGCGAGUAUGAGCGGCAGCACUGUUCCACCGCCAUCGGAGCGUUCUGCCCUCAGUGUGACGCCAAGGGGAACUACCGCCCGCAGCAGUGCUCGGGGUCGACCGGGUACUGCUGGUGCGUCAACGUCGUCACUGGAGUGGAGAUACCCAACACACGGACACCGCCGGGAACUAAACCUGUCGACUGUGGUGGGGAGUACUACUGCCCCUCUGGCUGGACCCACUUUGGAAAAAGGUGUUUCAUGUUCGUCGACACCCCGAAGAUGUGGACUGCAGCUGAAGUUUACUGUCAGUUUGAGGGGGCCAACCUGGCGUCCAUCCACAGCUACGAGGAGAAUCACUUCGUCAUGUCUUUAACCAGAGGAGACACCCACACCUUCCCCCCAGCCUGGAUCGGUGGCUUUGAUGUCAUACGUCCCGGUUUUUGGAUGUGGAGUGACGGCUCCAAGUUUUACUAUGAUUACUGGUGCGACGACCACCACACUGAGAGAAACGAGUCCUGCCUGAAGAUGAAUUAUGGAUAUGACAUGAAGUGGGCCCCCAACGCCUGCAACGAGUCUCACCCUUUUGUUUGUGCCAAGAGGAUCUGAACUCAGAACCUGACAGUGAGAGUAAUAUUUCUCUCAAAAUAUUUCCUCUCUUCUUCUUUUUGUUAAAUAUGAUCAGUAGAUUUUAUUCACACAGCUUUUAGAGGGUUAGUGGGUCAAAGAUGAAAAGGGGUUGUCAAGCAUCAAAAAAUAAAGGUAUAAUACUCCAGAAUA